AAUCCUAAUUAUAAACAUCUUUCUGCUCUUAGGCUAUAAGGAAAUUAUUUGUAUUAUUUGUGGUUUUCUGUCUUUUUCUAGUACUAUUUGUUUCUAUUUUUCCAUCUUCACAUCCAACUAUCUGAUAUAUUUAGAAAAAUUUCUAGUGUAUGCUAUGAAAUACUAAUCUAAUUUGAUUCCUUUAAAACGGGUGAUCCACUAGUUUCAUAUUAUUUAUUUCAAAUACAACUUUUUGUUACUAAUUUGAGAUGCGAACUUUAUCAGAUGUGAAUUGCUUCUUCACUUUUAUGAAACAUAAUUUUGAAUUGUAUCUGGUAACGUGGAGAUAUCAUACUGUUUUGAUUACAGUAGUAGACUUUCUCUCUGUGUGUGAAAAAUUGAGGACAUGACCACUUAGGAGAUAAAAUAUUUGUCCAAGGUUAAUUUACUAAUAAAAUUCCACAUUCAGGAUUUGAUCUAUGCUGCACUGUGUUGGUAAGGUUUAAAAAGACUUCUGUGUAGACAUCUAAAUCAAACAAAUACAGGUGUUGGAAUUCUGUAUCAAGGAUUAAGUAAGGAGUAAUAUUUGCACAUUGGGAGCUGUCAAGUUCAAGAAUAGUGAAUACUUCAGCAGCACAAAAUGCUUGUCUAUUAUAACCCUUCUCUCUUACUCUAGGUUAUUCUAUUUGCUGUAAUUUUAAAAUCCCUUGAAGAGCUUUAUCAUUUGUAAAGCUGGAAUUGGGUGUGCAUACUUACUCCUCACUACCUAUGACUUGGUUUGCACUGAUUUAAGCUGUAUUGAACGUUGGAAGUUGAGGGCUUGACUAUCCUUGUUCCUACGGCUAACAUUCUCAUGUCCACAUGAACUGAGAAUCCCAGUGAUGAGUAUGUUCUUUUACAAAUAUAAAGAAGACCCAUUAGUAAAUAGAUAUACAGCAAAUAAAUGUCACUUGUCUAAUGUUGAACAGUUUAAAACAAAAACAAAAGCCCACUGGCAGAAGCCAUCUGUUCCUGGCACCUUUCCCGGUUAAACACUUUUAAUUGCUUCUGUGAUCUUGGUGGGUUGGCAUGCCAUGGUUUCCAGGGAUUUGGGAGAAUUGACCUUUAUGAAGUAAUCACAGUUCGUGGUACAAAAGAACUCUGAGUUAUCAAAGCAGGCAGCACGCCCUGCUGUGGAGUCAUGGUAAUGAGAAUGUAUCAUAUGUGUGAUAAUUCCCCAUUUGGAUUGAGCUUUUAUUAUUAUAUUCUACACACACACAUAUGAGCAUUCUAACAGCCACAUUCACUCUGGAAAAAUGCUGAAAAUUUGGGCAAUGAGUUGAAAAUCUGAAGUGGUCUCCAAAUGAAACCUGUUUAUUAUGAAAGUCACUCUUCCUAUUCUCUAAGGUUUUCUUUUCCCUGUGUAUCAUAUUGAAUUUUUCCCGAGCACUGUUUUGUCUAACUUAAAAAUUAACAUGAUAGGGGUGGAAGAGAUGGCUCAGUGAUUACGAACACGUGCUGUUCUUCUGAAGAGCCCACCUUCAACUCCAGAACCACAUGGAGGCUCAUAUCUAUUUCUAACUCCAGUUCCAAGGUAUCCAAUACCAUUUUCUGUCCUCAGUGGGCCCUGUAUACACACGGUAGACAGACAUUUCAUCUUAAAAUUAACUUUAUUAAUUUAUUUAUUAAACAAAUACUAUAAGGGCAAACUCUAUGUUCAAUAUAUGUCAUCUAUUGCCUCAUGUACUAUUUAUAACACUAUAUGGUGUAAUUAAAAGUUUUGUAUUCAGAUAGAAAAUUUGAAGAUCUGAGCUAAUUUUAAAGACAAGUAGCCUAAAUUUAAAUUGCUAGUAAAUGACAGCACUGCUUACAACAUGCUUGUGGGACACUGAAGCCCCAGCUAUUUAACUAUUCUGGAAGAGAUGACUUAGGUAUAGGGAUAUUCAUUCUCUGCCCUCUAUCACAUAGCUAGAUAACUAAAAAUGCAGGACUGAGGUGAUAACAAAGGCAAGGGACAUAUGGGGGGACAGGAGGGAAAGAAGCCCCAACUCUGGAGGUCAGCUGAAGCCUCUUCCUCCUUGUUGGUUAGGAAUGCCAGCACAGGGAUGCCACACACCACUCGAGUCUUGUUCUUCUUCCCCGCAAUAAACCUGUGAUUUUCUAGGAAUCAUACCUGAAACCCUUUUACAGAGGAUGGACAUGUACUAAAAUUCCCAUAUGACUCCCUUAGCUCCUGCUUUUACCUUACUGGGUUAUAAUUUCAUCCUAGGCAUCUCCAGAAUCAUCUCACAUGCCCCUUAAAGGGGGUUUCUCAGCAACCCUUUGAGAUAUAAUGGGAGAGUCACCAAAAGAGCAUAUACUGAUAAUGUUAAGAAAAUUAAUUGCUUUUUUCUUUUAACCCACAUGUUUAAACGUGUAUAAAAUGUCUUUAAUAAAAUCACCAAUAAUGGUGACCAGCUAGUCAUGAAAUUCCUUUAGACUCAAAGGCGUGAAUCUUAGUUUGGCCUGAGCCAACCGCCCUAAAAGUCUCUGUUCGUGAUCUCUCAAACUACAAAACUCUGAAGCAAUUGUUACCUAGGUUGGAAGUGAAACCUGAGGUAUCAUGUAAACAAAGCCGUUUUCCACCUCUUUGCUCCUACCUUUCUAUGGUUCGUACUCCUUUUGUGUCAGUUAUCAUCCUGUGUCCUGUUUUCUUGACAGGUUUUCCUCACUGAAAAAUGCGGAUAAUUGAGAUCAGGAUUCUGUAUUAUUUAGUUACAUACUUAAGCUAUCCGUUUUGGGUGCUCUAAAUUCCCAGUAGGUUCUUAAUAAAUGUUUGUUGAAUAUGCAAAUUCAAUUACUAAUGCAAAUUGGCUCAUUGCAUGGGUAACAGUUGCUGCAUAUCUCAGAUUAAAACAACACUGAGCCUUGAAAUGUUUAAUGAAUGUGCUGUAUACAUAAUGACUAAUGCCAUUCACAGAAAGAGAGCUUCAAUUCAAGCCUGAUAUGGAGAGUAAGAAAACAUGAAGUAUAUUUCAUUCUCUCUUUCUAAGCAAAUCUAUCAAAAAAGGGACUAUAACAUGACGAUUAAGUCUGACAUUAUAGACCUGGAACAAAUACCUAGUCAGAAACAUAAAUAAUACAUAUCACACAUAUUUCACUCAGACCUUCAUUUUUUCAUAUUGUGUAUGUUGUACACCAAAUACAUAAUAGAUCCCAGGAAAUUAAGAUGAAUAAGUCAUAUUCCCUUCUCCCAAUGAACUCAUAAUUGAGUUAAGAAUCAAUCAUAUAAUUAAAGUAUAACUAUCAUAGGAAGGGGAUCAGUUAUGUUAAUGAUGAAAUAACCCCACCCUCUCCUCAACCCUUCGUCUCUGGGAAUAGUGAAUUCAAACACUAUUGGCAAAUCAGUGGCUUUCUUUCAGCCAGAAUCAGGACUAUGACCUUAGCACAGAGAACUCAAAUGGGUCAGCCUAUAGGAAGCCUCUUCUUGACAUAAUGAGUUUCUGUUUCAUUUCUCCUCCCUCCUCUUCAAAAAAAAAUUUUUUUUUUUAUUUCUGAGGCGAAUGGACAAUACUCUGACCCUCUCAUUUCUGACCUAUUUUUAUCUCCAGCAGCUGGGUUUGCAGAGAAUGUAUCCCAUGAGCGAUAUAAUAAACAAGCCUCUGGCUGAGAAAGAGAUCUUGUGAGGUAAAAGAGGAGGCAGUGGUGCCCUGCGAAGAAGGAGAGCUGUGAGUUGGCUCAAAACCUCCCUGUGACCUUGAGCAAUGUCUAAAGCUCCCUGAGAUUCACAUUUCUUUCUUUCUUGCAGCAAGGAACUGGCUCCUCUAAUAUUCCAUAUCUUUUAAGGUAGCUUUGUAGCCAAUGAGACCAAGAUUCCAUAUAACAAACACAUAGACAUAUCACUCUGACAUCCCCAAAUCUCUAUAAUCCUGUAGUUGGUUCCUCAUUAAAAUGACAAGUAUGUGAUGUUUGCAAGGAGCUUGCUAAAGUUAAUUGUGGAUACAAGAACCUUCCUUAGAACAAUCAGGGCCAGUUGUUACUAGGCCACUAAUAAUUUUGAGUCAUUAACAUAUCCAGAUAAAUACUUAAUUGAAUAUUUGAAUUUCUAAUCCCCAGUGUAGGUGGUAAAGUCAUUGCCUUCCUACUCAGCAUUAAAAUCUAUAAACUUUUCUCAUUAUCAUUUUACUUCUGUGGAACCAAACUAGCAUUAUCUUAAACAGUAAUAAACAUUUUGUCCUAAGUACACAAAGAUGAGUAUGAUUUUAUAGUCUUAUGCAAAAAAGGAUGGCAAAAGGGUUAUUUCUCAGGUGUUGGCCAAAUUGUAUAUUGCCAGAAGCUGUGCAUUGUAUUUCCUAAUCAGAGAAAUAUAAACACAUAUAUAUAUUUGAAAGCCUGUGACUUAGGGGCUGGAGAAUUGGCUCAGUGGUUAAGAGCAUCUACUGCUCUCCAGAAGACUGCAUCAGUGCCCAGGAUAGGUGGCUUGAGAAAGCCAGUAGCUCCAGAUCUGUGGAGGAUCUGAAGCCUCUGGCUCUAGAAGCCAUCUACCUGUACUCACCUGUAACUCCCCCAACCAUAUAUAUAAUUAAAAAAAGAAAACAUUUAGAAAAGAUGCCCUUAAGAAUAUGGGUUAAUUCUUCCUCGUUUAUAUGUUCAUUUUCAUUAUUGUGUAUUUUCUGGAAAACUAUUUUAAGUUAGCAUUUCCCUCUUCAUUUCCAGGCAGCCUGCACGUUGCUUUGAUAGGUGCUGAGACACUCUGAUCCCCUGGAGUUAUUCUGAUGAAUUAGAUCUUUACUCUUUUGGUUGGUGAGAAGGCUUUGCGAGAAAAUGCUGGAGUUAUUAAUUGCUCAUUAUUGAAUUACAAUGAUCAUACAGUUAAUAAGGCCCCGUGUGUUUAUUUAGCUCUGCCUGUUCAUUUCACAGCUGAGAAAACAGGCACAGAGAAGAAUUCACUUAAACACUAAUGACAGUUAGCAAAAUUGAGCAAAGGAUGCGGCUGUCUGUGUUCUUAGUGUCUUUUCCUGUCAUCCAAACUGACUUCUCUAGGAAGACAGUAACUCAUUUCUUCCAUCAUCUAUCCAGCCAUGUGCUGAACAGUUGUUAUGUGGCAAGUAUGCUGUGAACCAGAGAUAUAACAAUAAAGAAAAUGUGGUGCUGACAUCCCAAAACCUACAGCUUCAGUCUUCAGAGAAAUGCUAUAAUCCGGUACCUUCUUCACCCAAAAUAAAGAAGUUCAGGCUAGUUUGAUUCAAUUGAGAUGUGUUGAGACUCUUCAAUUAACUUCUAACCUUAGCUUCUUCGCUCUGUAAAUUACUUUGAAACUCUUACCCAUUGCUUUCUCUAAACUAUUAACAAUUUUUCAACAAAGUCCCGGCAAAGUGAAUCUCAGGGUUUUUCCAAAUUAAUUUCCCUAAUAAAUUUGGAUUGCUGCUUAGACAAGACUGACAGGUGAAUCAUUUUUCCCCAUUUCUGCCAUUUAUUUAUGUUUAUUUCAAAGCACAAUUUGUAACAGUUAGGUUUAUUUCUUCACAUAACACUUUUACCACUGGUUUAGUCUAAAAGAAAUACAUAUACAGAACAUAUACCUGAUAAUUUUUAAAACUGUAUUGCGCUGCAGGUCAUUAUAUACUUUGUGUAACAUUUGCCACCAAAUAUAAAUUUCAGUUCCCCAUUUCAAGUUUAAUAUGAUGAUAAUAUAUACUUGGAAAUAUUGGAAUGUGAAAAGCAGAUAGUACAUGCCUACUAUGUAACCUUGUCUUGGUACUUUUAAUAAUUAAUGGUUAUCACUCCUAAACUUUGGGUAUAAAUGUUCACAUUGCUAUAAUUUUGUUCACAUUUUUCUUUAUAAAUAUCAGUAAACUGAGCAUGUUUAUGAGCUUGCAACAUUAGGACUGAAUGGCAGUCCCUCAAUCAGUUAUUUGCCUUCAUGACAAAUUGAUUGCAAAAUAAUGCAAAAGCUUCUUGAAAAAAAAUGCCAAUGAGGUUCUCACAGGAAAGUAUAUUGGAACAAGGGAUUCGACUUCAUUUUCUAAGUGAAUCCAGUAAAUUCAUGGUACUCGGUUUGAAUUACGAAGUCUUGAGCUGCUUGCUUUCCAAUGUAGCAGUAUUGCCACAAAGGUAGCCAACAAGUUACCCAAAUGAUGUGAAUGCUCUUGAACAGAUAAACUAGGAUACUGUGAGUCUUCAUAUGCAUAUUUAGUAAAUGACCACUCCAAGGUUAUUUGUGUUUGACAUAAUAGGGUUCAAAGAAUUGAAUUUAUGGGUACAUUUAUCAACCAAAUAUAGUGACAAUUUUCCUUACAUGAAGAAUAUGUGACACUCACCUAAGAGAAUGGAUUUGAAAUAUUAGUCAUCUACAUGACACCUGUGCUAACUCGAUGUAUCCUAGAAGUUUAAAAGCAGUUUCAGAAUGCUGUCUUUAGAAUAUCUUCCAAGUACUAUUUGAUAUUUGUUCAUUUUGUGUGCCUACAAUGGAUGCUAAUGUCACCCAGAUAUUAAAGCUAACAAUCACAAAAGUAGUACUGAUCUGGUCAUAGUCAUAAAUAACAAUGAACAGAACCUCUAUAAAAGACAUCCAAGCAAUUUAUAGUUACUUAAAGGAUCAGAUGAUUUAAUUUGGAGUAUAUCACUAUAAAAUAUUUUAUCUGAAGAUCAAGAUGUUAAAAAAGAAGUAUAAUUAUUAAACCUAUUAACCUCAGUGUCACUUGGUAAAAGUCAGGGCAACGAAUGAGCUCUGUGCUCUAUUAUUUGUUCAAGGCAUUAUAAAGCCUCUAAUGGUCAGUGCUGGUGCAAGAAUUGGUCAGCAAAUACAAUAAAAUGGCUAAAAUGAGUUUAAGAGAGUUCUUUCUUGUUUGCUUUCUAGUAUGAUAAACACUGUGGGAUAUAUAUAUAUAUAUAUAUAUAUAUACACACACAUACACACACAUAUCUAUCUAUCUAUCUCUAUCUCUAUCUCUAUCUCUAUCUCUAUCUCUAUCUCUAUCUAAUCUAUCUAUCUAUCUAUCUAUCUAUCUAUCUAUCUAUCUAACUAUCUAUCUAUAGAUAGAUAGUGUAUAUACAUAUCUCAGGUCAAAAUUUAUCAUUGACAAAGUCAAGGCAGGAGAUUGAGCAGAAAACAUGGAUGAAUACUAUUUACUAUCUUGGUUCCCUGGCUUAUGCUCAGCCAGCUUUCUUUUUUUUAACAUUCUAGGACCCCCUGCCAGGGUGUGACACUAUCUUCAGUGGGCUGGGAUCAUUCCUAUUAAUCAACAAUCAACCCAAUUUCUCUCAGUCAUGCCACAGGCCAAUCUGAUCUGGGCAAUUCCUGAGUAAUAAAAACUAACACGAAAAUAUGGCAAUGAGGUGUGGGACACGUGUGAUGAAGGAAGCAAUCUAAACACAAGAGGGUACCAAUAGUUUUAUUCAAAACACCAAAGUCACAAAAUUGGAAAUUUCAGAAAACUCAAGUUAGAGUCAUCUCUCAUAAAUAUGAAGUCAUGAACAAAACAGGUUGUAGUGACUGCUAUUGCUCAAACCUCAACUCUGUUAACAUUUCCUGGUGUGAAGUUAGAUGACUCAAUUUCUCUUCAUUAUAUAUUUUUUUACCUUAUGAGAAAGAAAUAAUAGUUGUUAUCACACAAGUGCUAAAAUAAAGAACAAUUGUAUGGAUAAUUUAUAUAGCAUUCAGUCAUUAUACAUUGUUAGUGGUUUUUAUCAAGUACUAUAUAUUACACUUUAUUAAUAGGUUUAUGCAAAAUUAAAAUCUCAAAAUAGCCACAUUUAUCUCUCAUAAAUUCAAAUGCAAAAACAUCCCCAAAAUACUAGCAAAAUAAAUUCAGUACACAUUCAAAAGAUUAUUAACAAUGACAAAAAAAGAUAUCUCAGGAAUGAAAGGAUUAUUCAGUAACCAUAUGUCAGGAAGCAUAAUAAGCCAUGAACACAGAAUAAAGAAAGUCAUACAUACUGUCAUAAGCUUAAGAACACUUGAUAGAAUAUAAAUCAUUUCGUGUUGAAAUCUCUCAACAAACUAGGUGUAGGAUUAUAAAUCUUCACAGUAGUAUCAAGUUUGAUAGAUUCUACAAGCCACAGAUAGCCAACAGAGAAAACUGAAAACUUUCAUCCAAAAUGCACAAUAAAAACUAGGAUAUCCAUUAUCACUACUGAUAUUCAGUGUAGUAACAGAAAGCCUAAUCACAAUAAGUAGUGGAGCGAGAGAAACCAGGAGUCUCUAAAUUGGAAAAGAAAAUACUAAACGCCUUCCAUUUGUAAAUGAUUGCUUUUAUACAAGAAAAACCAUUAAGAUUCCAGCAAAAUUGUGUUAAAAAUCAAUUCAGUAGAUUUGCAGGAUGUCAAUGCACAGAAACCAAUGGCAUUUCUGUGUAGAGUCAACAAAUUAUGUGAAGAAGAAAUCAAGAAAACAAUCUCAUUUACAAUAGCAACGAGAAAAUGAUAAACUUUGGAGUCCAUUAAAGCAAGAAUGUGAAUGACACACACUGAAAUCAAAAACCCAGUAAAAGGAAUUUAAGAAACUGCAGAUAGAUGGAAAGAAAUGAGAAGCUCAGGGAUCAGAAGAGUGUAUAUUGUAUUUUCUAUUUUUCAUUAUUAAUAGCAUUAAUUGCUCAUACAAGACACUGAGUAUGGUGUGGAUGAAACGAUCAAAGGACAGCUUCUAGGUAUCCAUUCUCUCCUUCUACCUUGUAGAGGUUGAGGUUCUCUUAUUUCAGUUCCAGUGUUGUUUUUACUAGAUUAGAGGUCACUCAACAUUCGGGGUACUCUCUUGUCUCCAUCACCCAUCUCAUUUUGCUAUAGGAGUCCGUGGAUUGCAGAUGUAUGCCACAACAUCUAGCUUUUUAAGUAGGUUUUGGUGAUCGAACUUCAGGGCUCAGGCUCUUGAGGUUCUCAGUUUUAACCACCGAGCUAUCAUUAAGGCCCUAUGAAACUAUUCUAAAUUAGUAAAUACAGACUUUAAUAUCAUCUCAAUCAAAAUGAAAAUGCUGUUUUGUACAGAAAAGGAAUAAAACAAACAUAACCUAUGUGUAUUAAACAGAAUACCCUGAAGCCAAGGUAAUGUUGAAUAAAAACACCAAGGUUGAUGGCAUCAUACUAUGAGACCCCAAAAUACACUGCACUGCCCUAGUAACCAAAACAGUACAAUAUUGGCAUAAAGCACACACAGAGAGAUAAAUGCUACAGAAUAGGCAAACCAAAAAUAAAUUCACACAUUUAUAGCUGGCACAUUUUUUCCCAAAGGUGCCAAGAACAUUCUCUUCAAUAAAUGUUAUUAGGAACGUUAGACAACCACAUGCAAAAGAAUGAAAUUAGACCCCCAUCUGAAAUCAUUAAAAAGUAACAACUCCCAAUGACUUAAAGAUGUAAAUGUAACUCUCCAAACCUUCUGCUCACAGAACUACUAGAAGAAAUCGCAAAGGAAAAUAUAUAUGACACUGCUCUAUGUAGCAAUGCUUUGAAAACAGAAAAGGCAAGAAUAGAAAAAAAAAAUAGAAUUAUAUCAAGCUGAAAGCUACUGUGCUAAAAAAAAUAAAAUAAAACAGAAGAGAUGACAUACAGAAAGUAAGAAAUACCUUCAAACUAUGUUUGAUAAAAGGGUGAAAGGUCAGCAUUAAAAUAUUGAGGAAACAAGUAAUUAUACGUAAAAUAGGCAAGCUUGAAUAAAUAUUUCUCAAAUUAGGGUAUGCCAAAGACCAACAGUGACUUAAAAAUCUCUGAUGUGAGUAAUAGCAUCACACAUAUUCAAUCCAGUAUUUGAAGUCUUUGCAAGAGCAAUAAGAAAACUGAAGUAGCUCAGGGGUUACAGAUAGGAAAGGAAGAUACCCAUGUGUAUUUAUUUGCAGAUGAUAUGAUUUUAUACAGAAAAGACCCUAAAGACUCCACUAGGAAAUGUGUAUAGCUGAUAAACUAUUUCAACAAAAUGGCUGGAUAUAAAAAUUAACACACUAAAUUUGUAGACUUUCUAUAUUUCAAAUUAUAGAUUGAGAAGGAAAUCAGUGAAAUAGUCCCUUUCACAUUAGCUUCAGAAAAGAACAUCCCUCUGCCCCCAACGCACACGGAUACCUUUACUAAUCAAGUGAAAGACUUGUAAAAUAAGGACUCUAAGACAUCAAAAAGAGAAUGAAAAUGGCCUCAGAAGAUGGAAAAAUCUCGCAUGAUUAUGGAUUUCUAAGAUUAAUUUUAUGUACAGUGAUUACUGUCUAACACCUGUCAAGAUGGCCAAUAGAAAAGGGACAAUUGUCAUUACCAAUAGAGACAAUUGGUGGUAGCAUGCACCCCUAAUCCCAAAUGUAAGAACUGAGACCAGAAGCAUCUUUAGUGAGAGGUCAGCAAGGGCUAUUUAACAAAUUCAAGGUAAAUGAGGGAUAUAGAGCAAAAACCUGUCUUAAGACAAAAAGCUAUCUGUUACCACUAAUGAUGCACAAAAAAAUAUUUAAUCUGUUAGUGAGUGUGUAGAUUUGCAAAAUGGUAUGAAGCUUCAUCAAAAAAUAUAUCUAUGAUACACUCAAAUAUUACCAUGUAUAUAUCUAAAGUAAAUUAAGUCAGUAUGUCUAAUUCAAGAUAUAUUUUGUGUUUACUCCAACAUUGUUUCAUAAGAUCCAAGACAUGAAAUCAAACUAAGAGAUCAAUAACACACACACACGCACACAAACACACACACACACACACACACACACACACACACACACACAUACACACACACACACACACACACACACGGGCACACACAAAUGUGCACAAACAUGUCUGUCAUUGUCAAUAAAGUGGAUGAACCUAGAGCUCAUCAUGCUAUUGGAAAUAAAUUGAAGACAGAAAAUGAAAGCUACUCCAUGAUUUCAUUCAUAUGAAAUAUGAAAGUUUUCUCUGAAUCAAAAGGGUACUGGAAUGUGUAUACCAUUGUUUGAGGUGGCUGCUUGAGCUAUAGGCUUUGGAGGUACUGGCUAAUGAAUACAAAAAUCAUAAUUUUAUAGGAAAAAUGAUUUCAAGACAUAAAUAUAUGACACAAUGCUUAUAGUUAAUUAUAAUAUAUUGUACUGUCAACUAACACUGGGAUGUCGAAUGUAGUCAUCACAGAAUUAACCAGGUCAAGUGAUGUAUGUAUCACCUAACUAGAUGUAUUUAUUUCACAAUCUUUAAGCACUUAAGUUAUCCUGUUCCAGAUGAUAUAAUUUAAUAUGUCAAGUUAAAACAUUAAAUAUGGGGGCUGGAGAGACAGCUCAGUGGUUAAGAGUACUGCUGCUCUUCCAGAGGACCUGGGUUCAAUUCCCAGCACCCAGAUGGCAACUCACAAUGUAAGUAAAAGUAUCAAUGGGUAUUUAUUUUAAUCCAUCAAUUGAAAGAGAUUAGAAAACUUAGAAUAAACUCCAGGGGACAAAACUAGAGGCACAUGAUCACUUUAGAAUAUCAUCAGGGCCUUUUCAACUUGGGCUCAGCUGGAUGGCUCCCUCCAAGAAUGAAGUAGAAAAGAAGGGCCAUACUGCCAUCAAUGGGUGAACCAAGAGAGAGAGAGAGAGAGAGAGAGAGAGAGAGAGAGAGAGAGAGAGAGAGAGAGAGAGUGUGUGUGUGUGUGUGUGUGUGUGUGUUUGUGUGUGUGAAUGCUAGUCAUGAAACUUUAAAGCCUCUAGUUAGGUAACAGCUUGAUCUAUCCAUGUUCAACAGCAUAACUGGAACCUUCAGCCUGACUCUCAGGUGAUGGAAGGUAACCAAUUGGAUUGGGUUUAUAAUCAAUCUUUGGCCAGCAACUCAACAGAGGUAACCAAUUCCUAGUACUGAAGGUUUUACCUAAUAACGUAUGAUAUUGAGUUGGGGUAUUGUUUUCUACAUUACAUAGUAUCUCAUUUAAAUUUCUUUCAUAUAUGUGUAUAUUUUAGGAAAGUUCUAGAAUAAUAGGUUUUUAUUCAGAUUUUCCAAGGGCUUUUCAUUUAGUUAUUUUCCCCCAUUUAUAAACCUCUCUCCUACCCUUAUCCCCCUCCCCAUUUAUUAGGAGAACUAAUUUAGAAUAUGAAUACUUAUUGUGUAUCCUUAUUUUUAACACAAUACCACUUAUAUUAGGUGUCACAUUAUGAGCUAGAAUAUCACUUAUUGUAGGCCGCUGAACUAUAAUUCACUUUCUCACAAUAAGUAAAUCAUGAUGGUAAUUCUAAUCACCCAAUACUACACCUUCAGUAUUUCUAUCUAAAUCUACAACAUAUAAUAUGCACUUAUAGAAAAUGAAAUAUAUCAGUUUUAUAUCAUGUAGAAAACAAUAAAGCCAUUUUUAAAAUUUUGGUUGUAUAUGUUAAGAUACUUUGCAAUAAUUAGAAACUUCAAAUAACCAGUGGUGGGGGACGGAGAUGAAUGUUUUUUACCUGUAAGUGUGAGAGAUGUCCCCCUUAUGAAAUGUAACAUUUUACAUUUGUGGGAUUUAUUAUAUUUAGUAAAUUUUGCAUGAACUUAAUUAUAAAUUUAACCUUUAGAUGAUUAAUACUGGACUAUCUCCUUUGUUUGAAAAACCUGGAAGUGGAUAAUGAAACAGAGGUUGCACAAUUGUUCUUGAGAACAGCUGGGAACAUCAUUCAGAGUUGUGGUUUGUUUAAUGCUCAUUGCUCUUUCACAGAGAACCAAGAGAAAUAUGAGCCUCAGCAUAUGUUCUUUUCUGCAUGAAAGCUCACUAAAAUCCCCCAUGUGUUCCCAGUGAUAGGCAAUAGCAUUUUAUUGUCUCUGUUAUACAGUUUGUCAUUUGGUUAUAUUCAGGCUAGCGCUUUAUAACACAUAGCUUUAGACUUCUCUCCUCUUGUGAGCUCUCAAGCCAUUGUAUAUUUCCCCCCAGUUUUACUAUACUAUAUUCCAUUCAUCAAUUCCUUUUUAUUUUAUGCUGACUAUUUUCCUUACAAUGUGCUAUAUUUUCUCCUCUGCCAGACUAUACAUUCUACAAGGCUUGCAACUAUGCUUUAUUUAUUUCCAGACUUUCUUCCUGCACCUAUGCCUAAAAUCGGUGCACGUGGAGGGAAUGUUUCGUUACAUCAGUGAAUGAAAAAAUGAUGGAUUCAGUGUUUCAUAGAGUCUAUUCUAAUCCUUUCAGGUCACAUAUUUUCUCACCAAGACUGGAAGGCUCAGGAGGGUGAAGUGACAGGUGUCACAUACACUUGGUUCUUUAUACCUGUUUACAAGCUCAGGAAUUAUUGCCUUAUUGAAUUGAAUUGUUUUGUUCUACAAAGCAAGUUUGGAUGGAGUUGUAGAAAGAUUUUUAUUAUCAGCACACAUUCUGGUUAUCUGGAAAAGCAAGACUUCAGUUGUUGCCAGGACUUAUCCUUAAUUAUUUCAAACUACCUUUUAAUAAGUUCUUAAAGCUAUGUCACUGACCUUUCCAAAUGCUGACAAGCAGACAGUCCUUCUAAUGAACAGGAAAAAGCAAAUGUCUCCAGAAUCCUGAAGCUGCUGUGCUGACACUGGGAGUGGGGUUCAAGGUAAGAGUUCUCACCUGGCCUAGUAUUAGGUCCUGGCUUCUAAACUUAGCAUAGUAGAGAUCACGUGAGCAAACACACACCAUUAUCCAAAAAUGUUGGUAUCCUAGCAAGUGUGGGGAAAGAAGAUAGACAUGAGUGAAAUGGUUUGGUUAUGAUAAAUACAAUACUAAAAAGUAAGGAGAGAACAGCUAGAAGAACAAGUUUGUUGAAAAAUAUGCAUUUGAUGAAUGUUGCAACCUGUCACACAGUGACUGACUAGACAUUUGGGAAAGAGAAGUCUAUGUGGUGAUUAUGGAUAAAGAUGAGCCUUAAAGAAAGUGAGCUAGGCAAGGCAUGAGGACCAAAGCAAGGACUAUUCCUAAGAUAGGGAUAAAGGCAUAUCUCUAUGCUUAACACAACUGAUUAGUUUCCAAACUUCUAGCAUUUAUCAAUUUGGCAAUCCUACGUAUGAUCACUUGAUAGUUAUAUCCUCUUAGAACAUUUCUACAAGUAACACCACAUCUUUACCUUGGUAUUUGGAAAACAGUGAUUCCUAUGUCAUACAUCUUGCCUAAAUCUACCUGAUUAUUAUACAUUUUUUGGCAUAGGUUCUUGUGUCUGGUAGGUAAUUAAUAAGGCUUCUAAAUAAACUUACUAAGGAAUAUGAUUUCAUUUUAUGGCCUCUAAGGUCACCAAGCAUGUAUGAAGUCUUCAGGCACACAUACAGGCAAAACACCUAUUCACAUUAAAAAGAAAAAAUGGCCCAUGUAGCUUCAGGGAAUGAGCUGAGGGAAUUUGAAAUGUCCUACACAAUUGCCUGGAGAUUUGGCACUGGAUUGGUCGCCCAGGUUUUCAUGAGCUACUGUGUUGAGACAAAGGCCCUCUGCUCAGAACCCAGUGUUCCACAUUCCUUUGGCAGUGGUUCUGUUCAUUCUUAUAGACAUUAGGUCUUACAGACAACCUCACCACGAGCCAAGCUGCCUUAAUGGAUGUGCUGGAAGACACUCAAUGUUGCAGAGACAAAACUGUAAUUUGAGCUGUGGUGAAAGGAAACAAAUUGAUCAUUUUGGCCUGUCUGUGCCUGAAUCUGCAGCAGCCCUCUCUCAUCAGAAAAGAGUUUCCUAUGUGAUGUAGUUGGAUCCCCAAAUAGUGUCACAUGUGGAGUUUUAAUUUAGAUCUACUGUUAAGCCUUCUAGUAUAUUCUCAAAUGUGUUUUUAGUCAUUUAAAUGCUCAGUAAAAAUGUGGUGAAAGUUUAAUAAGUGUUGAUGCAUACAUGAUCCUUGGCCAUGUUUUUUAUUUUCUUUUCAAAUUAAAAAACUUACUGUUUUUGUGCAUCCAGCAAAGAAAAACUGUGUACAGCAUCCCCUGGAUCUGUUAGAGUAGUUUGCCUGCCAAAGGUUGGUGAGAUGGAUAGUACAGAGAAUAGCCCCCGAAAACUUUGUUUCCCUAAGCAAGGAGCACAAAACAGAGAAGAAAAAUCAAUCUCUGAGAUCAAAAUUAAGUACCAUGGUUAAGUGUGUUUCUGCAGGAAAACUAAAUAAAAGAGAAAAGUAGAAUUGAUUGGGUUUUCUUACAUUCUUUAUUGAUGCCCUUGUGAUGCAGGGCAGACUGGAGACAUAAACCCAAAAUACAUUGUGAAUCCUUGCACUGUUGCUAAAUGUAAAAUGGUGGCAGAGUGGACAAGUGUGAAAUUUCAUUAGGAAGAAAUUAUUGUAGGUGAGAGCUAAAGGGACAAAGUUAGUCGGAGAGAGUAAAAAUAGAAACAAUGAGGUUUUGGUUUUUUUUUUUUCUAAUUUGUCCCAGUUUCUUCUUCUCUUCUUCAUGAUAUUUUAGGUAGAUGAAGUAGUUUGUUUUUUAAUCUUCCAAAUCUUUACACUUAAACAAAAUACAGGCAAAUUUUAGAUGCCAAGUAUUUAUUUAUGUCAUAAUAGCUUAAUUAAGGUAUGAUUGGCUCAUGAAAAAUCUGCAUAUAAGUAGUGCAAUAGAUUUAGUCAUGUGUAUACACUUGUAUUUCCAUAACCUCCAUAAAGAUAAUAGCUAUGUCCAUCUUCCUUUUAUGUUUUCUUACACUCUUUUACAAACUUACUUUUCCCUCAACCAAUCCAUCAGUGACAGUCAACCACUGAGAGUUUCGUUUUCCAUGAUCUUAACUGUUUAUUCAUGACUAUGAUCAUCCAGCUUGUGCUUUUUAAAAAUCUCUGAUUUGUGUUCCCCAACAUCAUUCUUUUUGAAGACAAAUAUGUGCUCUUGAUGAUUCUUUUUGUCUCACUUGAUAGUAUUUCUUUCCACUAAUAUCAUACAGUUCGGUUAUUCAUCUGUUCCAGAGGACUGUUUUUCCAGUUGGGAACGAUUAUACAUCAAUCAUUCAUGAAACAUGUGUGUAGUCUUUGGAAGAACAUGGUCUUUCAUUUCCAUCAGGCAAAUGCCAAGAAUAGAUGUGCUACAUCAUAGGGUGUUAUGUGCUCAUCUUUAAGGAAACAACAAACUAUUCUAAAGUUCUUACACUGCUUUAUGUUGCCAAAGCCCCCACUCCAUUCUACAUCUACAGCUUCUUUCUCUCACAGGUUAGAAAGGCUGCUGAGUGCAGUUGACUAGAAAAUCAUAUUAUUUUCUCUAGGUAGGCACACAUUCCCUCCAUGACAAUGCCAAUUGUAUAAUUUUUCUUAUCUCCUGCCUUUGUGACUUACCAUGGCCCUUGGAGUUGAAGCUGUGCAGAUUUUACUGCACAUUAAUGAAGUAUGUGUUUAAGUGGCAUUCCUAUGGGGCUUUGUUUGUGGGUUACUGGAUAGAGGCUCUUUAACUUGGCUCCCUUGAAUUCUCUUUUCUGUAGGGUAACCUUACAUAGAUCUGCCUCUGUAUCUCUGUUAAUCAUGCAUAGAAUCUUUCUUGGAUUCUUUCCAGCUUCUGUAAGAAACAAAUUUUACAGACUUUACCAGAACCAAAGAACAUGACUAGGAAAAAAAGAAAAGAAAAAGAAAAGAAAAAAAAAAGCAUGGAGAAGGGCAGUAGUUUUUCAAUCUGGGAACAGCUAGCACGUUUACAGGCUCUGUGUACCUACUGCACAGAAAAAUAAUGUAUCAUUUGAUAGCAUCUUCUCACUCUGGUGGAGAGCCAGAAUCCAAAAUCAAGAUCUGUCUUGCAUUCAGUCUGGGUCACUGUUAGUCAAUGUCUUCUAGUAAAUUAAAUUUUGAUUCUACUGUGUAGAAUGUUGUCAAAAUUAAGUAAUUCUAAAAAUCAUUUAAAUAUUAAUAAGAUAAGCAUUAAUCAUUUCACUCAUUAAAAUUUGUGUUAAUUUUAAUAAGCACUUUGACGAUGUGAUACUUAGUACCCAAAGAACAAGCCUCCAAAAUUUACAUGUACAUGAACUCCAAUGGAUGUUUUGGGCACUACAUAUUCUUAAAUAUAUCAAUCUCAUAGUAUGCUUUUCAGUUUUUAGACCUCUAUAUUCCCUCCACGGUUUGAAUAACAUGAAAUUCUACCUUUGCCAAUACGGUUGUAUAGGCUUCUAUCUUUCUUACUCUGUAACACAGUGCUCUCCCAGAAUACAUUAUCUAAUACUUAGGAAAAUUAAUUAAAUACAUAAUUAUAAACAUCAAGUAGUAUGGACUUUGUCUUUGAGAUGUCUCUCUAUUACAACCAGUGAUGAAAAUACUAAAUUCAAUUUAUAUGCCAAUAUCUUCUUGAAGAUUCUAGACAUAUAUAUCUACCUAGUGACUUAAAGUCUCUAAGUAGAUGCCUAAAAGAUAUCUGUAAGACAUUGUGCCUAGAAAUUAACUUCUUUCUAAAAAUCCUAGUGUUAGCAUCUGUUUUCUUUGCAUCCAGUGGUGAGAUUAACCUUUGUGCUUCUCAGGCUAAACAGUUUGGAAUCAUCUGUGCUGUCUCUCUCCACAACAUUCAGCACAUAGGCACAUCUGGUGCAUCCAUUUUUAAAAUAUAGAUGGAACCUAAGCACUGAUUUUAAACUUCGGUAUAUAUAUUUUUUUUUCAAGUUGCUGAUCUCCUUAAAACUUAUGAAAGUAAUAGUUGUUAAAUGUUUGCUCUGAGCCUUAACCACCUACAGUCUUAACAUUCAAAGUACCACCAAACGAAGCCACGAAAACCACCGGCUGUACAACCUUAGGUCUCUGAAAUUAUUUCCCAUCCCAUUUGUAAGAGAAGGCAGUGAGAUUUUGCUUGUAAAAGAUUUGAAUUGAAAUUAUUUUAUUUUUAAAUAUUUUCUUGUACUGAUUCUUUGAGACUUUUAUACCUUGCAUUUUGAUGAUCUUCAUUUUCAUCCUCCAAAGCCCCUGAGAUUCACACCCCUCGUCUCACACCCCUCGUCUCACACCCCUCGUCUCACACCCCUCGUCUAUUCCGUCUAUACCCAACUACCUUUGUGCCUUCAUUUACUUUAUUUUAAAACUUAUUGAGUGAAAUUAAUGUUGUCUGCAUACUCUUGGGUAUGUGGUUAUUCCGCACAGCAUAUUAUACCUGCUGGAUGCCAUGCCCUCAGUAGAAAACUGAUUCUCCAUUUCCCAGUAGCCAUCAGUUACAAAUAGCUCCUUCACUAGAGGUGAAUUUUCAUCUCUUCCUUCCCCACUACAUGCUGGGUGUUUUCCAGGGUUGAGCUUUGACCGCCUUUAGCACACUGUCACAACCAUUAUGACUUUAUACGCUCAAUUAUCCUAUUAUACCUGGCAAACACUGAUUCAUUAUAGUCAUCCAUGCCUCUCACUCUCACAGUCUUUCUGGCUUCUCUUCUGCAAUUAACCCUAAGCCUUGUUAGAAAGGGGGAUGAUAUAGAGGUCCCAUUUAAGGCUGAGUACCCUGCCAUCAUGGAUUCAUUGUACCUUGGCUCUCUGUGUUAAUCGCCAUUUUUUGCAACAAGUUUCUCUUAUGAGGUCUGAGAUAUGCACUAAUCUGUGGGUUCAAUGAGAAGUCACUAAGAAUCAGUUCAUUGCAUUUUCCACUAGCUGAGUAAGAGCAGUAGCAGAUCUCCCAGAAAAACUACCACUUCUCCAGCCACAGGUUGUUGGUCUCAAUGCCUGUGCCAGGUAGGACUGCCAUCUUGUACAGAAAGUAAGCGUUAAAUCAAUUCACAAUGUGGUUGGUUACUCCUACAACGUUCAUGACACUAUUUCCCAUGGGACAGACCUUGUCAGGCAGGUCAUUCUUGUAGCUGGUAGUGUUCACAGCUGGAUAAUAUUCAUGAUUUGCAUUAAUGAAUUAAAAAAUUAGCCACAUAUAAUACCAUUUUGGCUUUAAUUGUUUUCUUUUUGUCUUUAGUCUCUAGCAUGCCUUCCUGAAAUAUGAAUAACUGGUAACCAAGCAACUUCAGCCUUUUUGAAGAGGAGCAUUCCUAUAAAUUUUAGUUCAGUAUAUGUUGUUAAUUAUCUUUCUUCCUGUCUCAUUCCCACAGUAAAAUGAAAAUGUGUGUGUGUGUGUAUUCUACAACAUUCAUUUUCCACAUUUCAAAAAGUAAACAAGAAAAAGAUGCCACAAAUAUCUAGUUAAAAAAUUAACACAAGAAAUUUAAAAGUCUCCUUUUAGGAAGUAUUGCUCAUGAAGAAUAGUCAGCAUAUACAAUAAAGAAAAGAAUCAACUCUCUAAAUUUCAUUAGUGAAAGUCAAAAUAAAAUAAAAUAACAUAACAUAAAAUGCAAAAUAGCAUAAAAUGAUUGAUCAUACACACACACAGACGGUUCCUUUUUUUUUUUUUUACUUACCAGUUUCUCUAAGUCCACAGAGUUAAAUCCUCCCCCUGAUUUUGAAUCUUAGUUUUCAAUCUAAAAAUCAUCUAUGAGAUUUUAUAGAUUAGCUACCCAUUCUUCCACUUAUGAACUAAGUAAUUCUCAUUAGGGAAUGUACCAUCUACCACACACUGUAUUAGGAAUGGAGAAUGCAAUGAUGGGAAGACAGGCAUGACCAUUCCAUCCCUGGAAUGCUCCACAAGAAAAAUAAGUACACUAAACAACUAUUUUAAACACAGUAAAUAUGAAAAAGAAUGCUCUUGGUUGAGUGAGUCAGCAAUCUGCAGCUCAUCAAGAUGAAGAAAACAUUUCCUUUUCUACGGAUGGACUUGAUUUCUACUGCUGUCUUUCUAAAAAGGUCCCCAACCUCGCUGACAUAUCUUCUCCCUAACCUCUAACUCUGCUGUGUUCCUCAAAAUUAAACUUGCUAACAUUGGCUAAUUACAGAAUGGAUAUGGAACCUCUCUGCCUAAUUUUCUUCUAGUGCUAAAAAAGAUCUCAUUUUCCAAUCUUCUACCUUUUCCUCAUAACUUGGAUAAGCUACUUUAUUUCUGUAGAAUUUAGUUUCCUCCAUCUGCAGAAGUAAGAUAUUAUCAGACUCAAAAGCUCCUUGUAAGGAUCAAAUGAGAUGAGAGUAUUUCCUAGCCUGUGAUAUACUUCUGAUGAUAUAAGGCUAACAUUUCUCAUAAGUCAGCAAAAUGCAGAGAUGCUUACACUUCCCUGUUUAUAGCUACUCUUUUAAUAGUUGAGUUAUGGAGCACCCAAUAUGCCCAUCAACAUAAGGAUGGAUAAACAAAAUAUGGUACAUAUACACAAUGCAAUUUUAUCCAGUUGUAAAGAAAACUGAAAUCAUGACUUUUGAAAGAGAAUGGCUGGAGCAGAUUAUUUUGUGAAGCAAAAUAAGCCAGUUUUAGAAAGACAAUGAACUAAUUCAUAAUAUAAAUUUAAAUUUUAGCUGUAUUCUAUUUGUGUCUGUAGGGCAUGAAAGAAGGAGGACGAGCUCUAAAACGAUGGCAAGUAAUGAAGAGAGUCUAAUGUGAUACGCAUAGCAUGAAUGUAGACGUGUGAACUAAUUAAGAUGGAGUAAGGCAACCAGAAAGUGGGAUAAUAGAAAUAAGGAUAAAAUAUACUUACAUACACAUAUAUGCAACACUAAAGUGUUUUCUAUAUACAAAUGCCAUGAUUAAACAUAACGUUUUUCACGUUGAUCUUAACAAUAAAAAAAGUCUUGAACUCCAAUGGAAAUUUAAAAAAAAAUAUGGAUGAAGUAUCUAUCAAUGGCCUCCUCACUGCAGUUUUAUUUUGUUCUGCUUAUUUAUAUUAUUAAUAACUUUGUGCUAUUUGCUUAUUUAUUUUGAUAGUACCUUUCAAAAUAAUUCAUUUAAAUAUCAAGCAUUAAACACUAUUCAGGAAGACUGCUGUUCUAUGUUUGCAGUUCAUUUGUGGUUCCUAGAUUUUUGCCCAUGGCCUUAGGAUUGUAUAUGUGUAUACGAUGUGAAAGUAGAAAAAUGUUUAAGGGGACAGGGAGAGUUGGAAGAUAAAGUGGGACAAUUCUCAAGUUAGAAUAUAAUAGAUGCCUUUAUGGAAAUGCCCUUAUUUUCUUUCCCAGUGCAAUGAAAUGCUAAAUAAAAUCAUAGCUAAGGACAUCCUGGACUUAUCUCAAGAUGCUUAAUAUGUCUUGAAGGAGAGAUCCCCUCAUUUUAUGUGAAAAGAUUUCCUCAUCUCUGCUUCUCAUCAUCUCUCAUAGAUAUAACACUAUGAAGUGAUUAUACAUUUCUUACAAACUUUGUAUAUUCUUAAAGUUGGAGAGGGUGUGAUUAAUAUCCAGCAUAUAUUUUCAGCAACACUAUCUACAGUUGACAUUUGUGCUGAUGAUUUCAGCAGCUGCUGUUUUGUUGAAUGUAGGUGGCAGAAUUGAAAAUUAAAUGAGUUGCAUGUUUCAAUAGCAGGUCCAUAUAUAUAUAUAUAUGAAAAUGAAAGAGUUUAUUUAUUUAUUCAUAAGUAGGUUGUGUUUGUUUGUUUGUUAGGGCAUCCAGUUUCCAUGGAAAAUAAGAAAUUACAAUUAAUAAGUGAGACAGCUUGAAGGCCACAUAUCAACAAGUGCUGAUAUUCUUACAAACUGUACUUUUCAAAGCAGUUUGAACCUGUCCAGUGACCAUCUCUUAUACUAUGAAGAUCAUUCUGAGAUAAAUCUAUGAGUCAGGGAUAACAGCAAGUGCUGUGUUUGUGUCUGUAGAGUGCCUUAUUUUCAUCUAUCAAGACUUUCAUCUAAUUAUAAUGUUACAUUCAUUCAUUUGUUUUUCCAUUCAUGAAGUUAUUAUUCUAUUAUUCAAAAACUAUAUGUUGAUUUCCUAAUAUGCAGGAAGAAAUGUGUAAAGUGCUAACGGUAUAAAAACAAAUAGUAUGUAGUGGCAGCAGCUUACAGCUAUGUUUAACUGAUUAAUUAUUGUAUAAUGGUGACUUUGGAUGUCCUAGAGUCUAUGGUGUGGAAUAGCUCACAUUACAAUAAAUUUUAUAGUACUGCUGUCUGUAUGCUUAUUAAACAUUAAAGCUGUUUGUGUAGUUUAAGCUCAUAAUAGUUUGGGAGCUGUGUUAGAUUCAAGCUAUUGUGACUUAUGUGUGUUUAUACUUAGUAAGUAUCAUAACUGUGAGCUCUUUUUUUGUUGUUGUUUGGGUUUUUUGUUUGUUUUUGGUUUUUUUGAGACAGGGUUUCUCUCUGGCUGGCCUGGAACUCACUCUGUAGACCAGGCUGGCCUCGAACUCGGAAAUUUGCCUGCCUCUGCCUCCCGAGUGCUGGGAUUAAAGGCGUGUGCCACCAUGCCCGGCUCAACUGUGAGCUCUUAAGUGAACUGUGAUAUUGCUGGAGUGCAUGGUGCCAAUAAAGGGCACUUGGGUAGGAAUGAGGGCUUCUGAUGUUCUUGCAAGACCAGAAACCCGAUGUUAGUUUCACUAAAAGACUAACAUAGGGAACAUUAAAUACAACUUUAGAAAACACAAAAGAUUCUCUUUAGUGCAAGUGAUUCUAAAAAGCUUCAAGCACCAGCCCCAGAAUAUUCCAAGAAAGUCAAGUUUCAAUUACAUGUCUAAAGGGAAAUGAAAACAAAACCACUUCAUUUGUGUGGAGAAUGGCUGCCAGAUUAAAAGUUAACAUGAAACUACGUGUGGACUAGUGAAAUCUCAGCGUAACUGCCAGACAUAUGUGUACAAUUCUCCCAAUGCAACAGCCACACAGCGUAAUGUCUUUGGAAAACUGAGAUGAACCAGCCUAUAGUAGAACUUGGAAUUAGAGUGUUCAGGCAUCCAGAAAUGUCAUAAAAGGAUGGAAAAGACAGAAACAGACCCUUAAAACAAAAGGAGCAAGAAAGCAUGCUUUAAAUGAAAAUCUCAACAGAGGGCAAAAUAAAAAAAAAUACAAAAACAGGUAAGUUUAAAAGAGAAGUAGAGUAUCUAAAAUAAAUACAUAUAUUAAUUCAUUAAUAAUAGUCACCCUUACUAGGCUUUGUGAUGUAUCCCUAUAAUUCCAGUGCUCAGAAAAUUUAUGAAUUAACAGCCUGAAGUUCAAAGCUAUCCUGGGCUACACAGUAUGACCAGCUAACGCCAACUAAAACAAAAACUCAACAACAAAAAUCAGCCCCCAAAUCUCAUUUUAAAAAAUGUCAAAAACAGGUGAUUAAUACAAGGUAAAAAGAAAAGUGCAAAAUAGAACCUACAUUUUGACAGCAUGUGUAAUCCAAGGAGUAAUACAGGAAAUGAUCUAGGAGAAAAAUGGGAGUAAAAUGAAGCCAUUGUAUAGAAUGAAAGAAUAUGAGUUUUAGAUAAAUUGAAUAAUAAAAUAUGAGAGAGAUGUUUAGAAAUAGCAACAAUUGAGACAUCUUAAAAAUUAACCAGGUACUAGGUAAAUGGCUUAAGGUGGGUUUAACACUUGAGAUGCAAGCGUGAAGAUGAGUUAUGAUCCCAGUUCCCCCGUAAAUGCAGAGUAACUAGCUAUCAAGACUAGUCAAAUUUGCUAGCUCCAGUUCAAGUGAGACACCCUGUCUCAAUAUGUGAUGUGUAAAUGAUUAAGAAAGAUGUACAUUGAGAAACACUGACUUCCAUGUACUUACAUACCUGUACCUGCUUAGCCCACCCCCACACACGAGAAUGCACAUAAAUGAAUGCUCACCACACACAUAGAUCUACAGAGAAAAUCUGAUUAAAGAAUAACUAUUAUUUCAAAGAAGAGUUUUUUGAAAGAAGAAAGAUAUGUAACAUAAAUGAGAAGAUAUUUCUUGCAAUACAGUAAUUAGAUUGAGAGCUUUCUAUCGUAAAAAUUAAUAUCAUAAGACCUUGUGUCAUAAUAUAUUCAGAAUGCUAAGAAAAGUUGAUUAUCAGUUUGAAAAUUACCACUGAUACAAUUUUUUAAGUAUUAUGUGAAUGUAGAUAUUUUAGGGAAAUAUUUUUAAAACUGAAUGUGUUUAACUAUCACACAAAUUUGUUGCUGAAAGGCUAUUAAAAUUUGCACAUAUAUAAAAGAUUUAAUCCAGAUAGCAGGAUAGAAAUGAUAAAAUUAAGGGAACAUAAGUAACUUGUAAGAGUGAUGGUGAGAAGUCUGAUAGUAAAAAUUUCCUGCAGGAGACACAGAAUACAAGGGACUGAUUUGAAAGUGGAAGGAGCUAAAUGCCAAGAUGGAGUAAACUCUCUUACAACAAUAAUACAGAAGGUUAAGUUGCUAUAGAAGUAGUCAAUUGUACAUUGAAUGCACUAUUGAGCUCAACAUGUGUUACUAUCUACUAUUAAAUAUAGAUAAUGUGACUUUGGCACAAACAAAAACAUAAUGCUAUAAAAGGGCUCAGAACCUAAUUAUGUACACACACAUGAUCUAGACAUAUGGCUUUGGGCUGAGACAUAUUAGUGAGGACCAUGAACAAGAUUUUUAAGUACCAAAUAAAUAAAUAAAUAAAUAAAUAAAUAAAUAAAUAAAUAAAUAAAUAAUGUCUGUGCAUAUGGAGAAAACUAGAUUCUUAUCUUUGCUAAAUUGAAAAAAGUGAACAUAACUUUCUAAAAGCACAAGUUUAAAUUACAUAAAAGAAAACAGAAAAUUUAUUUUCAAAUUUGGAAGAUAAAAACAUUUUUAAAAUACAAAAAUUGUACAAACAUAAAGAAAAAAACACAAAUAGAUUUCUGUACAUUUCAAUAUGUACGAGGGCUCUGAAUGAUAAAAGAUGAAGCAAAUUAGGGGGUGAGUUAGAGGAUGAGAGCAAAUAUGUUUAAAGGCUGAGAUACACAGAGGUCUAAUGCCCAGAAUACUAAACACUUCCAUAAACCAGUAAGAAUGUAGAUCUAUUUUAGAGAGCAAAGACUGUGAGCAGAAGGAAGUUCAAAAAGCCAAUCGAUAGGCAACAUUCCAAUCCUCAGCAUUAAGUCAGACUAUCUCUCAAGGUCUAACCACUGUAGCUCAGUGGUUGUAUGAGGCACUGUGUUGAAUCCCCCACUACACAUCCACACAUAAAUAGCACAUAUUAUCAAGGCUACAAACAGACAACAUCUUAUGGACAUGCCUCGUUAGAUAGUCAUCUAGUAUAUAUAUGACUCAGGUGGAUUUCUGAGUUCAAGGCCAGCCUGGUCUACAAAGUGAGUUCCAGGACAGCCAGGGCUACACAGAGGAAAAAAAAAGUAAGAUAACACUUGGUAGUGAGCCAGAAUAAAAAGGGGCAUACUCUGUAAGCACCAGCUAUAUUUUGAAGUACCUAGAAAAAUUCUGUGUUCUUUGUUGAUUUUUGAUGUGUAGGAAUGUUGAUGGAGAAUUGGUUUUAGAUGAAGUAGAGUGCAGUUGGGUGAGGAGACGGAUCCAUUUUUGAGACCAAUAUUUCUAUAAAAAUAUUUUGCAAAAUUAUGGAAAAAUAUGAAAGUGUCUUAAGUCUAAAUUAUAUGUAUAUUAAAAUUAUGUAUGUAUAUUAGUAUUUCAUUAUCAAAUAUUUAAAAGAAAAGAUGAAUGAGAGAAUAAAAUAUAACAGAAAUAGUCUAAUUAUUUUGAGAGCAGAAAAGUAAAUUUUAGCCCACUAAUAUUUAGUCAAGGGAAUUACCUGCAGUAACUCAAAAGUUUUCUUUUUCACACUUGUCCAGAACUCAUUGUGUCUUUGGUCCAGAAAUGGUUCUGUGACGGAGUCAGUUGUUUCACAUUAACACUGGGACACAUGUGUGUUCAUAUUGACCAUAGGAUGAAACAUGAAGUUUUAGAUUGUUUUUUUUUCUUUUCAAAAUUUAAAACAGUAUUAAAAUGUUGCUAUGUUUUUAUUGGUAUUUUUUUCUUACUACGUUUAUUAUAGUAACUAAAAACCACUUAUGUCUCAUGGAGUCUCCAAGUCAUGCAUACAUAUCUAACAUAACUUCAUUCUGCAUUGAGAUUUAUUUCUUUAUAUGUUGAUGUUCCUAAUAACACAAAGCUUCACGAGAGGCGGGAUUGCAUUUUUUUCACUUAGAAGACCCUAGAAUUUGGCAUGUUGUAUGUAUUCAAUACAUUUUGAUGGCAUUGAAUCACUUGCCUUUGCUAUCACACAAGUGAAAAUGUACAUUGAUUGUCAAAGCUUUUUAUUAUUUAUCUCAUAACAAAAAAUAUGGAGAUCAAAAUAUGGUUGCCUAUGCAUCGGAAACUCACAUUGAAAUUUGGACAUUUAUGUUGAAGGUAAAUAUGUUCAUUGUCUUUUACUUCCAAAUUAUGUCAUGUAUACUUUAUAAUUGCUGUUUAUUAAUUGUCUAAAGUCACAUGCUAGUCAUAAGCAAUCAUAUAUUUUUAAUUAAAUGUACAUAAAUCUGAAAAAUACUUAUAGGAUAAAAUGCAUCUUAAUGUGCAUUUUCUUAGAUUUAGCAGUGAACCUAGAUAGAUAUUUGUUUCUAUGGAUUAGUUUCUUACUCUGCUUCUAAUGUAAUUAUUUAAUGUCUAGGUAACAUUUUUUAAAAUGUAACUAAUAUGCCAGACAGAAAACUGUAGUCGAGUAAUACCUACUGGCUUGACUCAAGCAUUUCAUUGACCUUGGAUGUUCAAAGGAAUCACACAGGUGUGUGGGUGUGCACAUGCAUUGUGGUAUGAACCCAAAGCUGCUUAAAAGAAUUUAAAUGUUACAUCUCAAACUCAGCUACACCGCUGCACUGCCAGGUUUCUGCUAUUUGUAGGAAUUAUGGAUGAAGUUUUGAAGGGAAGGGUCUAUGCAGAUUGUGAUUCUAUGCAGAUGAAAAGUGUCUAAAUGAUCGAUCUGUCUUCCUAGACAAGAGUGCUAUCACUUCUUUAUCUCAAUCAGAAGAAUAAUGAUGCUUAGAGACACUUAGGAUGAAGUGUAGGCCACAGCCUUCCUGUUUGUAUGAGAUGCAUUUGCUCCUGGAGGGCCCAGAAGAGAUGACUGUAUGACUGUGGCAGUGAAUGUAUUCAAUUGACAUUAUACUCAUGUUGAAACUGAAGCCUUACAAUAUCCUACUGAUACUUCCAGUCUCUCCCAGUUCCUAAUUUUUUCCUAGUUUACCAUAGACACAUGUGACAAAUAAGUUUUUAUUGUCUACAUUUUGAUGAGUAUUUGUAAAAUACUAGCAUGCACCCUGACAGCUACUGUUUUACUCUACAUUUGCAUUUUGUAUCUCCAACUGUGAAUUUAGUGAACACUAAUUACUGUUAGUUUUUCAGCUGAAUCUUUGUUGGUAGGUUAUUUAUUUAUUUAUUUAUUUAUUUAUUUUUGAAGAAUUCCAUGCUGGCUCCAAUCAAAUGUGUGGAGAAAAUUAUCAGACGCAAAAUAAGUAAAAUAAAUAAAAGCAAAGUAAGUAAAUAAAAUAGUUAAAUAUUAAAGGUCUUGUCUGUUCUUGUUUCCAUGAUUUUAAAAAAAAUCAAAUUUAUAGGAAAAAAUGCAAACAUGGUUGUAAAACCUAUUAGUCCCCACAGAACACAUGACAAUCCUUUGCUUUGCCUCAUGGCACCUGUCAAUGGCUUGGAAUUUAGUAGCUCUUCUAGCUCUCCAUUGCGUGAUCCUGUCUUAAAAUAUUACAGAAGAGACUUUUUACUUAUUAAUUUCAGGUGGAUAUUCUCCUUUUGGCCUUUAAUAUCCUGUGCUUUAUCUUCUUACUAACUACUCUUUUAACACAUGGCUUGGACAAACCUGUGCGCAGAAAUCAUGAAAUGCCUUUUGCAUCACAAAAGCUGGGUAAGCUUUGGUCCUGUGGAGAAGCCCUUUGAAACCUAAGGAGGCACCAUCGUGCAUUUAUUUCUUGAUGUUCUGCAGUGUUUCUUCUCCAAGGAGUACAGGGUAUAGUGUGGAGAACAUUACAUGGGGGUGCCUAAGAGUGUCCAAAGGAAAUAAAAGAAAAAAACUGUAGGAAGUGAGAGCGCAGAGCAAAAGAAAUAGCUAUUGGCAAAACCAAACCCUGGGUGGCAGUUAGGCUUGCCAAAGAAACUUGAAGGAGCCAGGCUACCCUGUAGGGCCCAUAGUUGGCUUUUUUGAAUACUGAAUCAUUUUACCACAGCAAGAGAGAGUUCCAUUAAACUCUCAUAUAAAGACCCACAAUUAGACCCAUAGCACAGAACAUAGCCUUAAAAACCAUCUACCCAGAUAGGAUCCAGAGAGAACAAGAGUUAGAAACAAAAUCAAAGGCCAGAAACGGGAUCAUGUGUUUAUUUCUUCACUAACUGUACUGAGAAUAUUGUAGGCACACUGUCCCUUGGGUUGCUAAUGACAACCCAUACUGGCUUGUUCCACCUCCAAUUGCCUCCAAGGUGUCCAACACUUAACAAUUAUACUUUCUCAGUUGACAGCAGAUGGAACGCUUUUGAUAGACGAGCUCAGCCACCUCACACAGACCUACUGCUGACAGUGGUUUUACUUAGGGUUUUACUGCUGUGAACAGAUACCAUGACCAGGGCAACUCUUACAAGGACAACAUUUAAUUGGGGUUGGCUUACAUGUUCAGAGGUUCAGUCCAUUAUCAUCAAGGCAGAAACAUGGCAACAUCGAGGCAGGCAUGGCACAGGAGGAGCUGAGAGUUCUACAUUUUCAUCUGAAGACUGCUAUCAGAAUACUGGCUUCCAGGCAGCAAGGAUGAGGGUCUUAAAGCCCACACCUACAGUGACACACCUACUCCAACAGGACCACACCUACUCCAACAAGGCCACACCUCCAAAUAGUGCCACUCUCUGGGCCAAGCGUAUACCAACCAUCACAGCUGGUUUGCUGAGCAAAGGGAAUUAAUUCUCUUUGGGUAGUCUGUAGCCGUGCUUACCAUAUUUGAUUCAUUUGUGUUCAUAGUGUCCUUCUGCCAGGUCAGCUUGGAAGGACUUGCUAGAUGGAAAGAAGUUUAUGUGCCUAUGUGUUAUCCUUUAGUACAGCUGGCAAAGGGCUUAAGCAUUAUCUUUCACUGGAGGAAACAUUUGUCUCUUAAUAUUGACUUUACCCUAAAAGUGCCUGGCAUGAGAGGUUAAACUCUAAUAAGAUCAUUGACGCUGGAAAACCCUUCUGUGAGAAUCAAAUAAGAAAUUUCUUCAAGCAAAUAUGGUUGAAGAGCUGUUCUUUACCUUUCCCCAGGUGGUAAUCACAAUGGCAAGUGUCCCUUUAAAAGAGAAUGUCACUGCAAGGAGCAGCUGGGUCUAGUUUCAAGGUAGCUUUAAGUUACUUUCUAUACUCCAGUUCUCAUACUGAAAACGUAAAACCAAGGACUUGGAAACUCAAGACCUUCACUGAGGCAUUUGACAUGACACUUCAUCCUCUUAACUGUGUCUUUUGUCCGGGUUCAGGUUCCUAAGAAGUAAACUCCCUCUACUGCAAGCUGUGGACAGAGAUGUAACUUUCCUUGGAUCAAGUGCAUUUAAAAUGGGGGAAAAAUAAGGCUUUUUACCCAGCCAUCUCAGGUAGUCAUCUUGGACGACCUGGUAGGGAUUUGGGCUCCAGGGACACCUGUUUGUUCUUCUAUGGUCAGAGCCACGAUGCUCUGUUUCUCCCUAGUGCCCAGCCACGCUGGCAUUGUUUAUUAUACCCCUGAGACUGUGUGUGAAUGUCUCUAAGUGGCCACUGCCGCCAGCGCGUGUAACUGUCAAGACAGAAGGAAGCCAAACGGCCAAGCGAGGCGUGCAAUUGGAGUGAGAGCCAGAGGUGUACUGCCUCUGUGGAGUCAACUGCGGCUUCUCUUCCUUCUCACACACAUGGAGUUUGGAGCCGAAGAACCGCAGCCCGACACUUAGCCAACUGGAUGUGUGUGAGCCGGCUCUGAAGGUUGCACCGCCUUUCCCGAACCUCCUGCUGGCAGGAUGUAAAUAUACCUGCAGACCGGCCAAACAGGACUGCCUUUCCCCCCAACCCCUCCCUCCUCCCACCCUCUCCCGGCUAACCAGCAUGAGAGGAUCAGAGAAAGCAACAGCCCGCAAGUGACAGCUCCAGCCGGAAUCUGCUCGGCUCAGCCUCCGUGGGAAGUUGAUUGUGCAGAGGCUUUCAUUGUGAACCUCCGCUGGCAUCGCUAUGUUUGCCUCGAUCUGGUAUGCCAAGAAGCUGGGUCGCAGGUUCGUGCACAAUGCCAGGAAGGCGAAAUCAGAGAAGGCUAGCCCUGCUCCUAUAAUUGUCAACACAGACACUUUGGACACUAUUCCUUAUGUCAAUGGAACAGAAAUUGAAUAUGAAUUUGAAGAAAUUACAUUGGAGAGGGGAAAUUCAGGUCUGGGAUUCAGUAUUGCUGGAGGGACAGAUAAUCCCCACAUUGGAGAUGACCCUGGCAUAUUUAUUACGAAGAUUAUUCCAGGAGGUGCUGCGGCAGAGGAUGGCAGACUCAGGGUCAACGACUGUAUCUUGCGGGUGAAUGAAGUUGAUGUGUCAGAGGUUUCCCACAGUAAAGCAGUGGAAGCCCUCAAGGAAGCCGGCUCUAUUGUGCGGCUGUACGUGCGCAGAAGGCGACCCAUAUUGGAGACUGUUGUGGAAAUCAAACUUUUUAAAGGUCCAAAAGGUUUAGGCUUCAGUAUUGCUGGAGGGGUGGGGAACCAGCACAUUCCUGGAGACAACAGCAUCUAUGUAACAAAAAUUAUAGAUGGUGGAGCUGCACAGAAAGAUGGAAGGUUGCAAGUAGGAGACAGACUGCUAAUGGUAAAUAACUAUAGUUUAGAAGAAGUUACACACGAAGAGGCUGUAGCGAUAUUGAAGAACACAUCUGAUGUUGUUUAUCUAAAAGUUGGCAAACCCACCACUAUUUAUAUGACUGAUCCUUAUGGGCCACCGGAUAUUACUCACUCUUAUUCUCCACCGAUGGAAAAUCAUCUACUGUCUGGUAACAAUGGCACAUUAGAAUACAAGACUUCCCUGCCGCCCAUCUCUCCAGGAAGGUACUCACCAAUUCCCAAGCACAUGCUGGGUGAAGAUGACUACACCAGGCCGCCGGAACCUGUUUACAGCACUGUGAAUAAACUGUGUGAUAAGCCUGCUUCUCCCAGGCACUAUUCCCCUGUUGAGUGUGACAAAAGCUUCCUUCUCUCAACUCCCUACCCCCACUACCACCUAGGCCUGCUCCCUGACUCUGACAUGACCAGUCAUUCCCAGCACAGUACUGCAACUCGCCAGCCUUCAGUGACUCUCCAACGGGCCAUCUCCCUGGAAGGGGAGCCCCGCAAGGUAGUCCUUCACAAAGGCUCCACUGGCCUGGGCUUCAACAUUGUGGGCGGGGAAGAUGGAGAAGGUAUUUUUGUAUCCUUCAUUCUGGCCGGUGGACCAGCAGACCUGAGUGGGGAGCUCCAGAGAGGAGACCAGAUCUUGUCGGUGAAUGGAAUCGAUCUUCGAGGAGCAUCCCAUGAGCAGGCAGCUGCAGCACUGAAGGGGGCUGGACAGACUGUGACAAUCAUAGCACAAUAUCAACCUGAAGAUUACGCUCGAUUUGAGGCCAAAAUCCAUGACCUACGAGAGCAGAUGAUGAACCACAGCAUGAGCUCCGGGUCCGGGUCCCUUCGAACCAAUCAGAAACGCUCCCUGUAUGUCAGAGCCAUGUUUGACUAUGACAAGAGCAAGGACAGUGGGCUGCCCAGCCAAGGACUUAGUUUUAAAUAUGGAGACAUCCUUCAUGUCAUCAAUGCCUCUGAUGAUGAGUGGUGGCAAGCCAGAAGGGUCACACUAGAUGGGGACAGCGAGGAGAUGGGCGUCAUUCCCAGCAAGCGGAGGGUGGAAAGAAAGGAGCGUGCCCGAUUGAAGACAGUGAAGUUCAAUGCAAAACCUGGUGUGAUUGAUUCCAAAGGGUCAUUCAAUGACAAGCGUAAAAAGAGCUUCAUCUUUUCACGAAAAUUCCCAUUCUACAAGAACAAGGAGCAGAGUGAGCAGGAAACCAGUGAUCCUGAACAACACGUCUCUUCUAAUGCCAGCGAUAGCGAAAGUAGCUGCCGAGGACAAGAAGAUCUCAUUCUUUCCUAUGAACCUGUCACGAGGCAGGAAAUAAACUACACGCGGCCAGUGAUUAUCCUGGGCCCCAUGAAGGAUCGAAUCAAUGAUGACUUGAUAUCUGAAUUUCCUGAUAAAUUUGGCUCCUGUGUGCCUCAUACUACGAGGCCAAAGCGUGACUACGAAGUCGACGGCAGAGACUAUCACUUUGUCAUUUCUAGAGAACAAAUGGAGAAAGAUAUCCAAGAGCACAAAUUUAUAGAAGCUGGCCAGUACAAUGACAAUUUAUACGGAACCAGUGUGCAAUCUGUGAGAUUUGUAGCAGAAAGGGGCAAGCACUGUAUACUUGAUGUAUCAGGAAAUGCUAUUAAGCGGUUACAAGUCGCCCAGCUCUAUCCCAUUGCCAUCUUCAUAAAGCCCAAGUCUCUGGAACCUCUGAUGGAGAUGAAUAAGCGUCUGACAGAGGAACAAGCCAAGAAAACUUAUGACCGGGCGAUUAAACUAGAACAAGAAUUUGGAGAAUAUUUUACAGCUAUUGUCCAAGGAGAUACCUUAGAAGAUAUUUACAACCAAUGCAAGCUUGUUAUUGAAGAGCAGUCUGGACCUUUCAUCUGGAUUCCCUCAAAGGAGAAGUUAUAAAUUAGCUACUGCACCUCUGACAACGACAGAAGAGCAUUUAGAAGAACAAAAUAUAUAUAAUCUAACACUUGGAGGCUUUUAUGUUUUUGUUGCAUUUAUGUUUUUGCAGUCAAUGUGAAUCCUUAUGAAUGUACAACACAAACUGUGUGAAGCCAUGAAGGAAACAGAGGGGCCGAAGGGUGGGACGGAAAAGACAUCACAGUAUGCAGGAAGGCUUGGGUUUGCUCAAAGUACCAGGUAUAGGGAUGAACCUCUGAUGGGCUCUCUGCCCUAGAGUUGGGCAGCCUUCUCACCCCAGCAGAUGUCCAGAGCUGAUUUAGCUGCUGAGCUCUCUGUGUUUGCUUUAAGAAAAGUUGCCAGCACUUGAACCUCACCAACCUACCCUUUACCCACCUCUGUAAUUGGUACACUUCGAAUUUUAUAACUAUGCACAUCCUUUGAUUUGCUAACAAGCAAAGGAAAUAGGGAAAACAGAAAGAAGUCCCUUUGGAGAUGACAUACUAUCAGGGGAGGAUGAUUGCUUAGUUCCUUAGCUGGCAUGCGCAAAGACAAGUGUGUCCUGUGUGGAGGACUAACCUUAGAGAGGAGGAGAUUCCACCUGGCCUAGCUUUAUGGCUGUCAAUUGUCUAUUUUGCCAUUUAUAAGCUGAAAGAAGGCACUAAAGAUGAGAAUAAUUUAUACAAUAAAUAUAUUAAAUGUAUAGAAAUGAAUUUCUAUAGGUGAAAAAGUUUUGUGAAAUAUUUUGUAACGACUAAAAAACAUUGAAAGACUAAAUGUACGCACUCUCAGCAGAUGAUCAAAUUCAAGAAUUUGAGGCUGCACUCUCCCUUUUGUUGCCAAUGAUCCAUUCAGAGCAUCUGAGUUCCCUCCAGGUCUGACAAAGACUUCCCUUUCACUCCCCUCCCACACUGCCCAUGCACACUAGCACACUAGCGAUACACUCUUACGGAACACACUCCUGGAUAAAUUACCCUCAUGGAUAGUUUUGGAAGAGAUUUUUGUUACAAUUCUUUAAGCCCAUGGCUUUUCAGAUACAAACUCAUGCAAAUGAUCGAAAGGGAAAGAUUGCUUUCCUCUAGUUAAAUAGCCUGAGCCAACCACUCAGAUAGUCAAAUAACAUUGUUCCUAGUUACUUGCAUACAGUUCAAGAACCAUUCAGUAUUCUGGCAAACCAUAAGUCAUUAGAAUUAUCUUUUCUUUGUUUCACAGAGCAAUUGAAGUGUUUUGUAACAGCCCUAGUUGGCAUUAUAGGGGGAGAUCUGUCCUAAGAUGCACUAUUUCUCUGAGGAAGAGAAAAAAGAGAAGUUAUCUAGUUGGGAGUGGUGAGGGACGCACUUUGUUUCAGUAUAUAGGGCAAAGAGAACCACAAGAAAAGGACGAUUUAUGGCUUUGAGCUCAACCAAUUGAAUUGCCUUCCUUAGGGCUGCACCUGGACCAAGUUUAUUUUUCUAACAAUUAUACUAAUAACGAUUUUAAAAGAGAAACCUCCCAAAGCCUAUAAGCUGAAACACAAGAGUUAGCUUCCCAUUUUAGCGCUGAUGGGGUCAUCAGCCCUGGUUCUGCCCAAGGUGUUCAGAGAGAGACUUUUUAGUAUUAUUAAUAACCACUCAAGUCUGGGUUCUAUGCAUGCCCAGAUUAAGCCCCAUCGCCUUAUUUCUGGGGUACAUCAAGACCUGGCAGGGAUUCUGCCACACUGUGCAGUCAACCAGCACAUAGGCUGGAGUAUAAGAACAAAAGACAGAGCCAUCAAAGUGAUGGGGCUUCUUCUAAGUUAGACCAUCAGAGCUUAAAACUGAGAGUCUCUUUCCAAAAUCAACGGUCAUUCAUCUUUUACUAAAUAACCACCAUCUGCCCAGCUGCAGUCACCAAAAGAAAUGUUAAAUUACAAAAGUAAGCGUCUACCUAUAGUCUUGAGGCUGCCUUUGCCAAAUGAAGAGGUACCAAGCAGUCAUAUGUAAUUUUUUCCCUCGAUUUUCUAGAGAUAGCCUUAGAGGGCUCAAAAUGCUAAAAGACGUGUCCAUGUCUGCAACUCACCAGUUUCAGGUCACGGCCAACUUCCAUCAAUAUAGCUCUCAGAAGUUUUCUGCCACUAGAAUGCCAUUCCUGAUCCCAGCUCUCUUUAUAGGCCACCAUGAUAACUUCUUUGGUUUCUCCACUGAGCAUGCAACCAUUUACCUUAGAGGACUGUCAUUAAUGAGUAGAUGUUUUCUCUAGUUGUGUGAUGUGCUUUCCAUUUGAUAGUAUUGUGUGGCUGAGUACAAUCCAAUUGAACCACAAACCAUUGGUUUUGUAGUAAUAUAAUUAUUUAUUUUCCCAGUAUAGAUGCUUCCGGAUUAGCAUUAGCACUGAUUUUUUAUGUAGAUUUAUAUAAAUAUAAAUACAUAUAUAUUUGCUUGACGAAUCACCAAGCACAUUGGUGAGAGGGUCUUUUCCUAUAGAAUUCACUCAUCCGUUUUGUUGUGUUGUCCUGAGCUUCCCAAUGUUGAGGUCUCUAUGGCUCCAAAGAACUGGUGUAUUUUGCAGCAAAUCCAAUGGCAUAUGUGGAAAUGGCAUGAGAGUCACCCAGAUCACAUCUGGUGCAAAUGCACCUGGAGCCUCGGGCCAGACUGGUGCUAACACUGCAAACUUUGUCCGGAGCUCUCUCCAAUCUGAAGGCUCGCUGGGGGCACAGUGUCACCUUCACAUGCUGGGCCCUUUCGGAAAAGUGCCAGAUCGUGUCACUGGUGCUAUUUUUCAUGCUCUGGUACAAUGUGUAGCACCAUGGGGGUCUCAGCUUUACCAAAACCGAAAUCCCACCUGUCAGUCAGUUAUUGCUGAGGCAUUUGCUUAUUGCUCUUUUCCAUGAGAUAUGAUGGCCUAUUCUUAGAAGGCCCUUUCUCCCAGACCCAAAUUCAGGGGUUGGCUCUAUCCAUUUUGCAAGCCCAUCUAGAUGAAGCUGCACUCGGGUGCCUCUGUGAGCUGUCUUAGACCCUACUGCCAGCCCUUCAGGACGGAGUCAGCGGAUGCUCUGUACACCUCUGGCUCUCAUCUGUUUCUCCUCAUUUCUCCCACUCAUCUCCUCUCAUCACCUGUCAUUUUGACCCUCUCUUAUCCUUCCUGGGUUUUUUAACCUGCCCCUCUUCUCUCCUAUGUCUUUCUCUAUCCAUCUCCCCCUUCUCCAUCUCCCAUUCCCCUUAUUAGUCCUUCCUCCCAGACAUGACCACCCUCUUCUCUCCUCUCACAUAGUUCUGAUCAUCAGUACAUCCCGCUCCUAAGUUUCCUUGUCCUAUAAAGGGCUCACGGCUGAUUCAGACAGCAAGUCCAUACGAUGGACUCAUGACACAAAUACUUGGGGUCACCAUUUUACUCACUCAGCCCAGAAAGCAAAGCUGAGUGUGAGGCCCUGCCCUGGAGCCAGCCUGCACCACUGCCCCGGCAGUGCUGAUGCAAGAGCUGUGGGCCCCCUGGCACCUGGAAGCCUCCGCCUGGACCUUCUCCAGGAACUCACUCCCAGCACCGCCCAGGCUGAGGAUGCUUCCUUUCAACAGAGGCAAACUCUGGCCCCAACAAUUCUAACGAACCUCACUGAAGCCAUGACACCGCCCUGAUUUGGAGAGAGAUUUUUCCCCCUCUAUAUUCUUCUUCCCGUUUCCAUGUGAAGCCCCUCUGCUUUUCAGCUGGUGAUUGCUCUGGUGAGACUGAAUGGACUUGCUAGUGAAAUGACAUCUUUUUUUUCUGUCUUGGUCCUGCCUAAAAUUCCUACACAAAAGCAUUUAAGUCAAGGACUAAGGCUAAAUUUAUUAUCCUAAUGAGUCACUCCUGGGGAGACAUCAGUUCCCUUAAAGCAUGUGGAGUUCCUCCUGUGACAACUGAUUUUCCAGGAAACUCCAUAGAGAAUUCUGUGGAUAUGCAUUAAUUAUUUAAGGGUAUGAUAUAUAUGGUAUGCAUACCAUGUAUACACAUUACCUGAGGUCAGAGUCAAUGUUGGAAACACAUACACACUUCAGUCUGUAAAUAUUCUUCCUCACUGAAACCUGUGCUUCAGAAACCAUUUCUCGUACAGCUGUGCAGUUUCUUGUAGCAGCUGAAGACAAGCUAAGGCAGGCAGCGAAUUUAGACUGAGAUCAGCUGAAAGAGUACAGUUUCUCCCUUGCAGCUCACAAGGACAGACAGCUAAGUGGCAAGGUUGACUCCCAAUGGGAUGGCAAACUUUUCUUCUUUUCAAAUUUGUGUUUCCUAAGUGUAUCUUAACUUCUGAGUGCACCAGGUUGUACCCAUUAGAUCCUUUUACUAUGACAAUUUUGUGCUUCUCUCUGACAGGAUGUUUCUCCAGCAAGCUGUAACGCAGGAUGGGAGGGGAGGGAGGGGGAAUUACUCCUUGCCUGGCUGGAGUUUACAGAGGCACUGCACAGCUUACACUCCUGUUAAGUGUAAAUAUUCAACACUUCCAUUCCAUUUGUGUAAAAAAAUAAAGCACACACGAUUAUAAAAUCAAGAUGUAUAUUUCAUA